GUCCUUAUGGGAUAGGGCCAAGCAGGCGAUGCGGCACUGGUGUGUACCACCUCGCCUCACCAUGUUGAUGUGACCCUAUUUCCUUCAGCGUGUAGCUUCCUGAAUGCUGGUCUUCAUGGUCACGUAGUGAAAGUUUGUAAACAACCGAUGAUAGGAUCUUUUGUUCAGUAAAGAGCGUGGCGUCGAUCAACGAGUUUAUGGUUAGGCGUGGAUGGCCUUGGCGUCACUCGACUACGUCAUCGUGUGUUAUGUGUGAUUACAGCAUGACCUGAACACAGAGAGGGAUAUUUAAUUUAAACUCAAGAUUUAACAUCACACAAUGUUUUUCUUCCAAGCUGCAUGCACAAAUCACAUAUAAACUUUUAAAUCCUUCUCUAACAAUGCAUGCUAAGGACGUAUUCCUAUUUCCAGCUCUGAUUGUGCUCCUGACGUUAUGUGGUGACGUGGUAGCCCCGACGUGCCCGAGUGUGGUAGCUUGCAUAGAGGAGUUCACGUCCACUGUGAAAUACGUGGGGCACGAUAUUGGCGAGUACUGCAGAAUCCAUUCCGUUCUGCUCAAAUGCCUUACAAAUGCACAGUGCGAACCCUUGACUCAAAUCCACAAGGAUAACGAACUGAGGAAUUACAAAGACAGUGAUAAGGACUGCAAUUCAGCGUGGGUGGCCACUCCAGGGCUGUCCAUUAUCUUGAUGACCAUCACAGUUUGGUUGUUACAUGCCUGCUGACCACUGGAUCUGACACAUCCACAAACCAAUCAGUGUAAAUACAUGUUUUAAAUCUUUAUUAUUGUAACUCAGAUGUGUACUAAUGUUAUAGUUUAUUUUGUAUUUAGGUGAAUGCCAACACUCAGUUGUAGCUAUAGUAACACUAUAGUUUCAUUGUCACCUAUUCUAAUCUAUAACUAUUUUAACUAAUACUUGAAUCUGCUUUAAGCCCAAACUUUGUUUUUAGCUGUUUCAACUUUUGAAUUGUUUGAAGAAAGAUGUACAAGAUGCUGUAGCAUUGUAAAUAUGCACUAAAAUGGUAUUGUCAUAAUUAGAUCUUAUCAUUUAUUAGUGUAAUAUAAUGCAUGUUUAUAAUUGGUACCUUUCAAUCUAGAUUUUAAUCUUGAAUCUGCUUUAAAUGUAUUUACAUUGUUCAUUGGUUUACAACCGAUUGUGAAAAAAAUAAUUUAUUUAGGGAUUUUAUUUUGUAUUUAUUGCAAAUACCUUUUUUUAAUAUCAAUUGAAAUACAAGUUAAUUGUAUUACUUGGCUAAAUUCACACUAAAAUUAGCAAAGGGAAAGAUUAGUUUAGUGAAGGGGUUGAAAUUAAUAAUUAGCAGAAUCAAUAAUUCAAAAGUUAGUUGAAUAUUUGAAUUGUACCUUAAAUUGUACAUAGACGAUGCCAUUUUAUUCUGCACAUGUAUCCCUGCAAUUAAUGGAGUUGUUCGGUAAGUAGAUGAAGAGCACCACUGCUCAUGAGUUUAACUCCAGGGCUGGAGUCCUGACCACCUAAUCCUAUCGUAUACCAAGUAUGGAUAAACAGAUGAAUUUCUUUUUAUUGUCAGAACUUGAAGAGAAUUUUUUUUUAUUUGUAAAAUAUUUUUUUUACUAAUGUUGCAUUUCAUUUUGUUGACUUCUAGCACUACAUCAUUGUUUUAUUGAUACCCACACAACCAACACCACAUAUACUGCUUAUGUAAAAAAAAAGUCAGUUUUCUUUUUGAAAAUUUAUUGCAAAAUAAAUCUCGUUCAAGCAUUACAUUAAAAGAAUCUAUUAACAGGAUUCUGUUAGGUAAAAUAAUGUACAUGUUGCAAGCAAAAUAUUUUAUUUAAAUAAUGCGGGAAUAGUUUGUUGAAAUGUGAAUGAAAUAUUUAGACCAGUCCUUAGAACAGACUUCAAUGAGGGUGAAAUCCAUAAUUACAGAUUCAGUAGUUGGUGAAUGGACUAUAAUUUAGCCAAAUCACCCUUUACCCCCCAAUAGGCAGCUAUCUACGGCCAUUGAGGUCAAACAUGCAUAUUCUGGAUGUAAACAAAACUGUGUUUCAAUACACUGCUAAAGUCAGUUAACUCUGUUUAAACUUGUGAUUUGUUUCAUUAAAGUGUAAAUAACUGUA